AUGGCCGCAUCCGAGCAAGUCACCCCCGUCAACGCCUGCUUCAAGGUGAAGUGCGACAAAUGUGGCAAGACGACCUGGAAGGGGUGCGGGGCACACGUCGAACAGGUGAUGAAGGACGUCAAGGAGGAGGACAAAUGCACGUGUGCUCGCUGA